AGUUGGUAGUCCGCGUUCCGGGUUUUAUUUUCGUCCCACCUAAUACGGUCUUUUUUGGUACUUCUUUGGUACUUGCUCCCACCUCCCGCUCAGCCGCAAAAAACCAAUGAAAACCCCGCGAUCGAGUCCCGCAGACGCCCAACCUCCACUGGUUUAUUUUCGUCCUCCCUCGACCUGCGAAAAGAAACCAACGAAAAAAGAUCGAGGCCCCCUCGCACGAACCGGGAGCGAGGCCUCCUCGCGAAAAAAAAUAUCUGACGAUCCAGGCUGCCCUCGAUCGUCUCGCUACGAGGACGAGAACCAUGCCCCAGCCGCCAUAGUGGAGCCCUACGCCGCCGCCGAGAUCGGAGAGGAGCCGCCGCCGCCGAGGUUCGAGAGGAGCUGGCCACCACGACCUCCCUCCCCAGGCGGCCGCCACCACCCCCUCCCCACAAGCAGCCAUGUACAGCAGGGCGGCGCCCACGCGCCUGGCCUAUGUAGGUCUCGGCCUCCCUCCUCCCUUCGUCCAAGGCCAGGAGCUCCCCCUCCCCGACCCGAUCUGGUAGAGAGAGGGCCAGGCCUUGCCACUCCGGUGGUCGCUGUGGCCAGAUCUGUCCGGGGUAGUCGCCGUAGAGCCUCUAUGGCGGCGGAGUAGUAGCAGCCCGACAGAAGGUGGGUGCCAGAUCGUCGUCCAGCAGCUCGCCGUCGGAGCUUCUCACUACAGGCGAUGGAGGCCGGUGCUACUCGGUCUAUCUAUGAUGUUUGUUUCCUGUGUUUACAUGGCAGAGUGAUUGCUGCACUGGCUUUUGGCUAUGGAUGCAAGUUGGGAACUCAUUCAGUGAUUUGAGGGUGCAGGUAGGGAUGAUGCUGCGGAUGGGAUGGGAAGAUGUGUGUGUGUGUGCUAGCUGCUUCACAUACGACUCAGAGAAAGAAUUGCUUUGCAGGUUGCCAACAUCACGAAUUUCAUACUUAUGGAGUGGAGCCACCAAACAAUUUAUGAGGAAAUAUGUUGAAGCACCGAAUGUAUUCCAUUUGCAAUUUCCGCCAUGGACGCCGCCUCGCUCAUGGGCUCCUCCUCCGCCGACGCGCGCACCGACGGGGAGCACCGGAUGGGCAUCACCAUCAUGGGGGCGUCUGCUACGACGGCGGCGUCCUCGCCGCUGA